UAAAUUCAUAAAUUAAUUCAAUUUUUAAUUUAUAUUAAAAUUAUUUUUAGAAUAGCACAUGCUUUCUCUCGUUUGACACUCACUAAGAUCUGAAAUCUUUCAUCAGAGUCGAUAAAACUCGUGUGUUAUCCGUCAAUGCUCACGUAUACCUUCUCGUAUAAUAAAAGACGUCGUCGCGGCGAGAUAGAUGCAGGCCAUUCGGCCGCUCUCGUUCGCCGGCUGGAAAACAAUUUGCCGACGGCAUCGGGGGCGAGAUUACGACGAGUCGAAAGUACCGAUAGGCAUCGGCGAAAAAAUAUACUGAGUACACUUCGUGUUUAUCGAGGUUUACGUUCGCCCUCGCUGCUAACGAUAGUGCCCUACUUUUGUAACAACUCGCAACUGGUAUUGAAUCCCCCAACCGCCGCUGAAUUGCGCUCGCAACUAUGCCGCGACAACGCUGCGGAAACACCCUCGUUACCGGGCGAUAUUACGAACAUCAUUAUUCAUUAUUCAUUAUCCAUCGUGUUAUUUUGCCUGAUCGGCGCGCUAUUAUUUAAUGAUGUAACAUGGACGGUAUAUUUCGAGCGGCAAAUUAUUGAUCCGUGCCGGCUGUCACGCCGUUUCGGCUUAUUCAUUCCACUGGGGAGAAAGUUCACAUCCUUGUCGCUGUUCGCUUUGUUCAAAAAAGAAAUAGGUUCUCGAAAUCACUGUGGCGAUUGAAAUUUAUAUUUUCUCUGUUUACAAUGGCCUUUGGAAAGUGGAUAUAAAGCCACUCUACUUAUUGUGCUUCGAGGCUAACGUACAGAUGUAACAAAAGUCGAAAUCUGACAAGUACUUCGCAUUAGAGCUUUAGAGCGAUCGGACAACAUCGAAGGACUUUAUGUGCAGAAAUAUCGUUUUGAAAUAUGGUUGAAGAAAGACUCGAGAAACAUAUACGGCGACAGUUUUAUCUCCUAUUGAUAACUAUCGUAACGAAACAAAGUGGCGUGCUUUAGUGAAAAGAGAGAGAGAUAGAUAGAU